GUGCCUCACCCACGAUGCCCACGUCUCUCUCUCUCUCUCUCUCUCUCUCUCGCCUUCCCUCUUAUCUGUGGUUACAGUGCAGAGAAGAGAACCGUUAAAGCUCCGUGAACUGAAAACCCUACUAAGCUUCUUCAGGACUUCAAUGGCGUGGCGAGGAGUGGUGUUUCUGCUUCAAAUGCUCUGUUUUUUGAAGAUUUGGAUACUGUUGCUUGAAGUGACGGUUUUUUAAAGCUUCUUCUUCGCUCAAUGCGCGGGAGCAAAUUCUGCGAAGCAGCUCGGGCUCUGGCUUAAAUUGUUAGAUAUUUUAACUCGAAAGUAGGGGAAAUGGAAGCUAUAUUAUUAAUUUUCUCUUUGAUUUUAUUCCUGGGAACGAUUUUCUCGCCAGGAGAAUCUGACCCUUUUGGGGAUAAACAAGCAUUGCUAGACUUCGUGAACCAUGUGCCUCACUUGCAUUCUCUCAAUUGGGAGCGAAGUUCACCCAUGUGUAAAAACUGGACCGGAGUUACUUGCAGUGACGACGGGUCUCGGGUCACCGCCGUUCGAUUGCCCGGUGUUGGAUUCCAGGGGCAAAUUCCACUUAACACGCUUAGUCGCCUCUCAGCACUGCAGAUCUUGAGUCUCAGAUCCAAUGGAAUAAAAGGGCCUUUCCCCUCAGAUUUUGCCAAUCUUAGAAACUUAUCCUCUCUGUAUCUUCAGUACAACAAUUUUUCCGGGCCUUUGCCGGAUUUUUCUGUUUGGAAGAAUCUCACUAUCGUCAAUUUAUCUCACAAUGCCUUCAAUGGGAGUAUCCCUCUAUCAAUCUCAAAUUUGAGUCAUCUUACAGGUUUGGAUCUCGCAAACAAUUCACUUUCUGGUGAAAUCCCUGAUUUCAAUUUACCCACUUUGCAGCAGUUGAAUCUAUCUGACAAUAAUCUCACAGGCAUUGUGCCCAAAUCUCUACAGAGAUUCCCUCUUUCAGUCUUUGCUGGUAACAAUGUUACCGCAGUGAGUUCGCCUCCUGGCUUUCCUUUUGCUCUUCCAUCCCCUCCCCAAACGUAUUCAAAAACCCGGAACAGCGGAAAGCUUGGCGAGACGGCCCUGCUGGGAAUUAUAAUAGCUGGUUGUGUUCUGGGGCUUGUGGGAUUUGCUUUUCUGCUGCUUGUUUGCUGUUCAAAGAGAAAAGGUGAAAAUGUGUUUUCGGGGAAGUUGCAGAAGGGAGAAAUGUCACCAGAGAAAGGAGUUUCUGAGAGUCACGAUGCGAAUAACAGGUUGGUUUUCUUUGAGGGUUGUAAUUAUGCAUUUGAUUUGGAGGAUUUGUUGAGAGCAUCUGCAGAGGUACUGGGAAAGGGGACAUUCGGUACUGCUUAUAAGGCAAUCCUAGAGGAUGCAAUCAUGGUGGUGGUAAAGAGAUUGAAGGAUGUAGGUGUUGGGAAGCGGGAGUUUGAGCAACAGAUGGAGAUAGUUGGAAGAAUUAAGCAUGAGAAUGUGGUUGAGCUACGGGCGUAUUACCAUUCCAAGGAUGAGAAGCUAAUGGUGUGCGAUUAUUAUUGUCAGGGGAGUAUUUCUGCAUUACUACAUGGUAGAAGAGAAAAUAGGGUCCCUUUAGAUUGGGAUGCCAGAAUGAGAAUAGCCAUCGGUGCAGCUAGAGGCAUUGCUCGUACCCAUGCAGAGAAUGGGGGUAAAUUUGUUCAUGGAAACAUAAAAUCAUCAAACAUAUUCCUCAAUUCAAAACAUUAUGGGUGCGUUUCGGAUCUUGGUCUGACACCAAUAAUGAGCCCACUGGCCCUACCCAUCUCCCGGGCUGCUGGGUACCGAGCCCCAGAAGUGACAGACACCCGGAAAACAUCACAGGCUUCUGAUGUCUACAGCUUUGGCGUGGUUUUGCUGGAGCUCCUUACUGGGAAGUCCCCAGUUCAUACCACAAACGGGGAUGAAGUUAUACACUUGGUUCGGUGGGUUCAUUCCGUGGUUCGGGAGGAGUGGACAGCGGAGGUGUUUGAUGUAGAGCUGAUGAGGUACCCGAACAUAGAGGAAGAGAUGGUGGAGAUGUUGCAGAUUGCACUAGCAUGUGUGGUGAGGAUGCCUGACCAGAGACCCAAAAUGGCAGAUGUUGUGAAAAUGGUAGAAAAUGUAAGGCAGAUGGAUAGGGAAAACAGACCUUCUGAAGCGAAAUCUGAAGGUUCAACACCACCAGAACUCUAGGAAAGUGAAACAUUUAUCUUUGUUUCUUUUCCUGUCAUAUGUUAGGGGUAACUUUCAUUUCAUUUCAUUUCAUCUUGAAAUAUUGUAAUUUUUCCCGUGGAUAAACAAAAUUCUGGGAUAAAGUUAUAUCAGCCUGAUCUUAGUAAGGCAGUCUGGUCAGGUUAUGAAUUGGCAUGUCCAUGAUUGUUGAUGCUCGCUACAAGCAUUUUUGUGGCCAAAUUUGGCCUUCUACCCUA